AUGGUAUGGUCCAUAAUAAGCAGCAAAGGCAUUGGUCGUCUAUACAUUGUGGAGGGAACGAUGCGGCAGGAUCAAUAUAUCCAGGUCCUUGAGACAAAAAUGCUGCCCCAGGUCCAGGAGUGGUUUCCGAACGGCGAAUUUACGUUCAUGCAUGACUCUGCUCCUUGCCACAAAGCAAAAAAGGUCACGAAAUUUUUAAAUGCCCAGAAAGUAAAAGUUCUUGACUGGCCUGGGAAUUCGCCGGACCUCAAUCCCAUAGAGAACCUCUGGGAGUUGAUGAAACGAGAAAUUUCCAGAGAACUCAUCACUAAUAAACGCCAACUGAUCGAGCGUUUGAUAGAUGUUUGGCACCGGAGUGAAUCAAUUAAGAUAAACUGCUCAAAAUGUAUCGAAAGUAUGCCCAGGAGAAUUCAGGCGGUUAUAGAAGCAAAAGGCGGUGUCACUAAAUAUUGA